CAUAUUUCAGCAGUCAUGGCAGGUAUUUCUGGCUGGAAAUUGUAUAUUUAAUGAUGACCAGCCUUCAGCAUUUGACAAGGGGCUGUUGAACAGUAAAUCACCUCUCUUCUCUAUCAAUAAUCUUAUUAUAAUAUCUGUAGAAAUGUCUAAUGUUCAAAUCUCACUUUAUUACUAUAAUAAUGGAUCUAAUUUGUAAGACAUAUAAACUGAGGCCAUAACUGUACUGGAGGGAGAUAUAUGUGAUAUAUGUGAAUCCUCUAUAACUGUUACAUUUCCUCAUGGCUUUUGCCCACAUAGUUCUGAACAAUAAAAGGAUUAAAAGUAGUGCCACUUGUAAGAUUUUUGAGAUCAGGAAUGUUUUCUGGAAAGGAGAUCAAUGUCAUAAUGGAAAUGCAGUAAUCAUUAUGGAAAGAACAGCUUCAAAUUUACAUUCACGCAUAUAAAUAUCAAGGUGUUUAUCUGUGAUUUGCUCCAUUCAGCCUCUCUCCAGUUGCCAGGAAAGCCCUGCUUUCCAGCUGCACAACCAGUAUUAUCACUGUAUGCUAUUUUUGGCUGCUGAGUACAUUUCAAGUCACGUCAUCCUUCCCAAGCCAACACUGGCAUGAAGGGUGGAAACUCAUCUUUCCACUCCUCUGUCAUCUGCUUGCUGGCACUGCCUGCUCAGUCCCUGCUGCAGAGGGGUCUCCAGACGUUUUUCCCUGGUCCUCCCCAUUUCCUUGAGCGAGUGGCUUUCCAACCAAAGCUUCAUGUGGGAGGCUUCAUGUUGGCAUCCAGAGUACAUGUCCCAAAUAUGUCCAGACCCACCUUCUGAUCGUAGUGCAGAGGAGCUCCUGACAGAUGACAGUAGCUGUCCUCCUUCAAUACUGAGAAAAAGGCCACCAGUGGACCAAGCUGUGGGGGAAAAACGGAAAGCAGAGAGAAGGGUUCGGUUUCGUGAGCCAGAAGAAGUCAUUGAACAUGUUAUUUCCUGCUGUGACUACGUAGUGGUGCAUGACAGGUCAUCAUCUGGGUUGCCUGUGCUCCUGGGGCUCUCCUUCUGCGCUGUGCUGAUCCUGGCUGUGAGUCUCUACUACACCAGCAUGAAGCAAGACACCAAAGUCCUGGAGGAGUUUCAAUCCCGACUUGUUAUCUUCUUUCUUCAGAUAAGACACGUUGCUCAUAAAUGCUGGACUUGGUUUAUGAGGCAGUAACAAUGACCUCCAUCUGCAGUGAGCCUGACAGACAUCUCAGAGCACUGGUAACCAUCAUACGGCAGAGCAAAGCUCCCUGUCCACUCAAUCCCCAUGCAAGGAACACAUGAGCAUCCAACUCAAAGAACGAGAAAACCACCCCUCUUGUGCACUUUCUAGCAGCUAAUUGUUCUUUUUUGUUUUUUUUUUUUUCCCUUAACAUUACUGAAUGAUGAUAGUAGAACCAAGAGGUCCUACCAAACUGAUGCUCCAUCAUCCUUAACAGCAAAUAAGUGCUGUUAUGAGGAGCAAAGAGAGAAAUUCAUUGAUCUGUGCAGGCAGCAACACACUCUGAAUAAAAGUCUCCUGAGUCUCAGGUCAAAGCAUUAAAUACCAAACAGUCUUUCUUCUCAUGUCUCCUAAAAGCUAUUCUACAAAAGUUAAAAUAAAGCUGAACUAUUGCACAAACACUGCUCUGGUGGCCAAAGGCUUGUCAAGCUGCUAUAUUUAUAUACCUGAAAUGAUUGUUAGUAAAAUCACGGCAAAUAGCUUUCUUCUUUCCCUUCAUGCAUUUUUUCCUCCAUGGGCACAAGUUGACUCUUAAUGUUUCACUUGACUCCCAGGUGUGAAAAAGAACAUGAAAACUCAUUUAAAUAGUAAACAGAGCAUUUGCCUAACAUAAUACAUAGCAGCAUCGAAUCCUAGGUUAAUUAUCAAAUCAGUAGCUUAAUCCUCUGGGCUUGAUUCAGUCCAUAAACCCCACGAGCUGAGCUUAUAAGAUUUAUGACAGUUCUUGUCUUCAGUCAGAGGUUUUGCUUUUAUGCCUGUGCAUUCAAAACCUUAUGUAAGGGUAUUACGGGCUGUUUAUGAAGGUGUGGGGUCAAAGCCCUGUUAUCUCUCCAUUGUAGCACCAUACGGUGCAACCUCUCUGGAGGCAAUCAUUUUAAUGGAGAUCAGGCAAUAAAUGUGGAAUGAUGCUCUGGGUGUUUGAGAGGACAUCCAGCAAAUGCAAGCUUAUAAGCUUGAGCUAUGUUUUCCUCCUAAACAAAAACAGCAUGAUACAUUUUUCAGGCCUUAGAUUCUAGUCAAGUAACACUUAAUGUAUGUUUGGGUUUAUUCAGUGUGAGGAUGACAGCAGAGCCCAUAAGAGCUGAAGAAAAGGAAAAGAAAGAGAAAGGAAACAGGGCAGAGAAUAUGGAUGUGAUGCCUGCAUGACCUUGACUAGAAAUCCUCUGCCUUUGUAACCCACAAAAAAAAAAAAAAAAA